AUGUCUGAUCCAGUGAAUAAACGUGGAUUGGAAACUAUGUUUUUAUUUGAAUAUGUCAAAAAAUACAACUAUACUUUGCGUUACGAUAAAAGGGAAGUACGAUUGGGAUUAUUGUAUCCAAAUAAAACUGCUACAGGAUUUACAAAAUUAAUGAUUCAAGAUCAAAUCGAUUUAGUCACUUAUGGAUUGUAUAUUCAACAAGCAAGGAGAUCGUUUGGAGAGUUUAGUUAUCCAAUGGCCGAAAUUAGUUUAACUUGUAUUGUUCCAAAACCAAGGGAAAUGAAUGAAUGGACUAUUGUUUACAUACUACAAUACGAUGUAUGGUUGGUUAUGGCUUUCAGUUACGUCGUAUUAGUAUUAGUAUUCGACCUAAUACUGUUUAUGCGUAAAUUACCAAACGACAAAAAGUACACCAACGAAACAACUUAUUUCAUGGUAUUCCGAAUAUUUGGCGGCCAACCUCAUCCAUCAUUUAUGAAAAACAAAGAUCGCCUUCUUCUUGGCACACUUUUGUCGUUAAUGAUAAUUAUUCAUACGUAUUUCACUUCAAAAUUGGCAAGUUUCAAUACAGUACCACUUUAUAAUGAUAAGAUUGAUACGCUACAAGAGAUGGCAAAGAGUAAAAUACCAUGGUACACAAAAUACUACGAUGAGAUUAAAAGUUUAGAAACGGCUACAACGAAUCCGUUAGCGUCGCUUUAUAAUACGUUUCGAAAUUCUACACCUGAAGAAGCAGUAGCGAUGAUGAAUACGAACAAGCCGAAGCGAUAUGGUUUCGCCAUAAAUCAAUCGUUUAAUAGCAAAUAUUACACUAUAUUCGACUAUUUUACGCUUGAGAAUUUGAACGAUUUUCAAAUAAUUCAAGACUAUAUUAUUCGCAAUCAAUACACAGCUUUCUUUGUUCGAAGAAAUUCAAUUCUACUGCCGUCUAUUAAUGAAUUUUGGAGUCAUACAAAUCAACAUGGGUUUGCAAUUCGUUGGGAAAUUGACACGCUUUAUGGAAACGAUAGCUUAAUCCAGCAAUAUCUACGGACUUCAUACAAAAGAAAUGCAAAUGCAAGUGUUCUUACAAUACCAAAUCUAGCUGGUACAUUUAUAAUAUGGUUGGUUGGACUUGGCAUUUCAAUACUCACAUUAUUAUUUGAAAUUCUUUCGAUUCCUUUAUGGAAAAUAUUAAUAAUCUGUAAUCUGGUAAAACCCAGCGAAUAUGCUGAUUGA